AUGGUUCAAGAUAAACUUGCUCUCGCCUUGAUCGGCGAAAGGCUUGGGUAUUGGUCGCGAUCGCCGCUGCAUCCAAUUAUGCUACCCGUGGGAGCUCUGGCGCUAGUCCAUGCAAUAAGGGUCAGUCAUGCCACACGUCAAGUUGCUGGUAGUCACAAGUACUGUUUGACCCUGUGGCAGGGGUUCCUGUUGAAUCAAAUCUUGAUGUUUGGAGGAGUGAUUGUCAGUGGUAUGCUUUUGGGAAUUUCGUCGCCGCUUUUGACAGCUUGUCCUGUUGUGGCGCUGUACGGAGGUAUGCAUGUUUUGUUGGACGUGGUCCCGAUUGGAAAGCUGCUCCUUCGAGCGCAGGACUCUGGUGUCAUUGGUAUUUUAAUGGAUCUCUCCUUCGCUCUUUUGGACGGCAUUCUCCGAGCAGAGGGUAUUAUUGAUCUCGGUGUCGAACCUGUUCUUCGACACCCUUCACCCGAAAUUUCGACUUCGAUCUUCGCCGUGCUAAUCAACUCGGCCAUCAUCGGUGGAGGCGUUCCACUCCUCAUCGAUCUACUCAAGCUGGAUUCUCCCACCGGUGAAUGGGGCAUUCGCACACCAUCGUGGGCAAACAAUCCGUUCAAAGGCACGAAUGACAUUUUUAGCGCAUCUCUGCUAGGAUUCGUCUACCUGGUACUCUCUAGCUCAUCGGUGCCUGCCCAGUUCCCAUUCGUCUACGGUGUGGUCGAGUUGUUUGGACUGGACAAAUUGAGCAAUACAGAAGUGCGGACAUUCUGCUCGCUGUUGCUGGGAGCUCUUUUGCUCGCUGAAAAAGCGACGAUGCUCUUGACGGCAGUGCGUCCAGUUUCAAAGCCGAUUGCAACGAGAACUCGGGAUGCGGUUGCUCCUCUCAAAACCCCAACCGCCCGCAAAAUCGACACUGUCAACGGCAGCGUAAAGCAUCGCAAACAGAUGUCUCGAAAACAGCAGUAA